CAGCGGUUAAAUUUGAUGAGGCAGAAAGAUAAUUUGCUAUGAUGGAGUCGUGGAAAGUAGCUUUGUUAUUGGCUUUUUUCGCCCCUUCUGUUUUAACUUAUAAAACAUACAAUGGAUACAAAGUUCUUCGUGUGGGACCAGUCGAAAUGGAUUAUUUUGAAGCCUUCGCUGAAUUAGAGCAUGACCCGAGAUUUGACUUUUGGUCGCGACCGCGCCUUGGCAAUGACAAUUUGGUAAUGGUGUCGGGAGAUGAACUAAGUGACUUGACGAAAAAACUGAUUAAAUUGGAUAUUGAAUUCUCAAUUUUUAUUGACGAUGUUGGCCCCACCGUCUCUAAAGAAAUAAAAGAGCACGAGUUUUUGAAAUCGAUUACGCGUGAGACAAAUUCAAGAAAUAUAACGUUUGAAAGAUUUAUGGAGUUUGCUGAAAUUCAAGCGUAUAUUGACGAAAUGCAUUCUGCCUACCCAAAUUUGACCGCAGUCGUUGAUUUGGAGACGACUUUUCAAGGGAGACAAAUCCGAGCUUUACAUCUUUCUAAUGGACCGGGAAAAAGAAUGGUGAUGAUGGACUGCGCCCUGCACGCUAGAGAGUGGAUGGCGCCGCCCGUCUGCUUGAAAACCAUAAUGGAACUUUUGGAUAAUUACAACGUGAAUAAAGAGCUGCUGGAUUUGGCCGACUGGUGGAUAGUGCCGGUGGCAAAUCCAGACGGAUACGUCUACUCAUUUGAAAAAGACAGAUUUUGGAGGAAGAAUCGCAAAAUUAACUUUCCUUCACCAUGCCUCGGAGUUGAUCCAAAUCGGAAUUACGACUUUUACUGGGGAGGUGAGAACGUGUCCGAUCCUUGCAGUUUAACCUACCCUGGCACGGGUCCAUUCAGCGAAAAAGAGAGCAGGGCCGUGGGAAAUCAAUUACUGGCGCAGUCGGGAAACAUUGCCAUUUACCUCGCUAUACACAGCUAUGGAGAGUUAAUAGUUUAUCCCUGGGGAUAUACCACUGAUCCACCACCUAAUGCUGCUGAGUUGCACGCCACUGGAAAAGAGGCAGCCGCCGCCGUUUUUGCGCACCGCGGCAUGGAGUACACAACAGGCACCUCUGCAGGACUACUUUACCCGCAGUUUGGUGCAGCAGACGACUUUGCAUUAGGGGUGGCCAACGUCCCUUACUCGUACACUUGGGAGCUACCUGGAGGAGGUACGGGUGGUUUCAACCCUCCCGCGUCUGAUAUCAUCCCUGUUGUGACGGAAACUUGGGAUGGAAUUAAAAGCAUGAUUCGUCGAGCGACGGCAGCCAGAGAAUAAAGAAGGAUUUUAUUAUAUUGAGUUUAUAUUUUUCCAGCUGCAUAAAAAGUUCUAAACAGCGUGAAAAACUUGAAUUUUUAGCUAAAUUAAGUAAAAGUAGCGUCAGUAGAUUAAAUAAAAUAAUCACAAUUUGCACGACUCAGCGGCUGUAUGAAAGUAAAUUUUUUUUGUCCGGUUGCCUCCUUUAAGCACCCUUUAAAUCUAAAUUUUC